AUGGUUGUAAACGUUGUCCCGCGACCAAGCCAGGAGCGAGGUAAUGCAAACCAUGGCUGGCUGAAAUCGUUUCACACCUUCUCGUUCGCAAGCUACUUUGACGACAAGCACGAGAAGUUUGGCUGUCUUCGUGUCAUCAACGAAGAUCGUGUUGAGCCCACGACCGGUUUCGGGACCCAUGGUCAUCGUGAAUUCGAGAUCUUCUCAUAUGUUGUGUCUGGACAGCUCGAGCACGCUGAUUCAAUGGGCAACACUGAGGUGCUGAGCCGGGGGGAUCUACAAAUGACAUCCGCCGGUACUGGAAUACGUCAUAGCGAGAAGUGCCACGGUCCUCGGCAAGUUCACUUUAUUCAAAUAUGGAGUUUGCCAAACAAAAGUGGACUGGCACCCUCAUAUUACACUCGGCGAUUUUCCGACGAAGAAAAACAGAACAAGUGGGUGCGAGUUGUAGCGCCUGUAAAUGCCGAGGGCGUCUCAGAGGCACGCGACGCCUCAGGACCCGCUCCCGUUCACUCGAACCUCUCUCUAUAUGCCACAUUACUGUCACCAUCGACUUCUCUUCAGCACGUCUUCCCGACAGGUGGGUCUGGUGGACCCAAGAAGUCGUACAUCCAUGUUAUCCAGACAUCCGGAUACAAUCCUCAGAAACCUCAAGGCGCACGGAUCAAGGUGGUAGGUGCUGAAGCACCCGUCGAACUUCGUGAAGGCGACGGUGCUUACAUUAUGGGUGAGGCGGGCAAAGAUAUCAAGGUUGAGAACGUAGGCGAGACGGUUGCGGAGAUAUUGUUGUUCGACGUGGAAUGA